UUCAGACUCCCCCUGUGGCCGGACUCUGGAGCUGCGCCUCCGUCCGUGUCCGCGCUGCUCCGCGGGGCCAUGGCCGGGCCUCAGGUGCUGAAGCAUCGGCGCACCACGCUGGAGCGGGCCGAGAAGUUCCUCUCCGGGCCCGGCUUCCCCGACUGCAGCCUCCGGGGCAGGCUUUUCGGGGGCACCUGCCCCCUGGUGUCUCUUUCCUGCUUCCAGACCCCUCAGCGAAUCCCAUAUGAUGAAGCUGUCAGACAAGAAUUCAGACCUGCAAAAGUUGGGGAUUCCUUUGGACCCACGUGGUGGACCUGCUGGUUUAAAGUGGAGCUUAGCAUCCCCAGAGAAUGGGUGGGGAAGGAAGUGCAUCUCCUGUGGGAAAGCGAUGGGGAAGGGAUGGUGUGGAGGGAUGCGCAGCCGGUUCAGGGUUUGACUAAAGAAGGGGAGAAGACCAGCUAUAUCCUGACAGACAACCUCAAGGAGGCGGAGCCUCACAGUCUGACUGUCUAUGUGGAAGUUGCCUGCAAUGGUCUCUUUGGGGCUGGAAAAGGCAGCCUGAUUGCACCUCCUGACCCUGACAAGAAGUUCACCCUGCACAAGGCGGAGCUUGUGGUCUUCAACAGGGAUGUCCAUGAGCUGCUGGUAGAUUUUGAGAUACUAGUGGACAUGGCCAAGUUCCUCGGGGAGGAAAACCAGCGGAGCUUCCAGAUGCUUUAUGUGGCCAAUCAGAUGGUUAACCUGCUUGAUGUCACAGACUCCUCUACCUUCCCUGCGGUGCGUCACCGCGCCUCUUCCAUCUUCAGGCAGAAGAAUGGAGAGAGCCAGCACACCAUCCAUGCUAUGGGCCACUGCCACAUCGAUUCUGCCUGGCUGUGGCCAUACGAGGAGUCUAUCCGCAAGUGUGCUCGCAGCUGGGUGACCGUUGUACGCCUGAUGGAGAAGAACCCGGAGUUCACAUUUGUCUGCUCGCAGGCUCAGCAGUUUGAGUGGGUGAGGAACUGGUAUCCUGGGCUGUAUGCUCAGAUUCAGGACUAUGCCAAAGAGGGACGGUUCAUACCUGUUGGUGGCACCUGGGUAGAAAUGGACGGGAAUCUUCCCAGUGGCGAAUCAAUGGUGCGUCAGUUCCUGCAGGGACAGCGUUUUUUCCAGCAGCAGUUUGGGAAGCUUUGCUUGGAGUUCUGGUUGCCAGACACCUUUGGAUACUCAGCCCAGCUGCCCCAGUUGAUGCGUGGCUGUGGGAUACGAUGGUUCCUCACUCAGAAACUCAGCUGGAGCCUGGUGAACACCUUCCCGCACAGCACCUUUUUCUGGGAAGGCAUCGACGGCUCCCAAGUUCUGACCCAUUUCCCACCUGGCAAUUCCUAUGACCUAAAAGGUCGUGUGGAGGAGAUGCUGAAAACCAUGAACAACAACAAAGACAAAGGCCGUGUGAACCACAGCGCCGCUCUCUUUGGGUUUGGAGAUGGAGGAGGUGGCCCGACGCAGAAGAUGCUGGACAGACUGAAGAGAAUGAGUGAUACAGAUGGGCUGCCCAGGGUUCAAAUGUCCACACCUGACCAUUUUUUCUCUAUGCUGGAGAAGGAGAAGACCCAGCUGUUUACCUGGACAGGAGAACUGUUCCUGGAGCUACACAACGGCACUUAUACCACCCAGGCCCAGAUAAAGAAAGGGAAUCGGGAGUGCGAGCGGAUACUCCAUGAUGCUGAAGUACUGAGUAGUUUUGCUCUGACCCAGAAAAAUACUUUCCAGUAUCCUUCCAUCAAACUGCAGCAUCUCUGGAGGUUGCUGCUCCUGAAUCAGUUCCAUGACGUGUUGCCGGGCAGUUGUAUCCAGCUGGUUGUGGAGGAUGCCAUGAAAUACUAUGCAGAAAUCCGUAGCAUGGGUGGUCUCCUCAUUAAAGAUGCUGUUCGAUCCUUGUUUGGAGAACUUUUGCUGACUGGUCCCGAGACAGAAGAAAGCCUCCUUGUUCUGAACACUUUGCCCUGGGAACGGACUGAAGUCAUCUCCAGGACUGGAGCAAAGACCUUAGCCCUGGUGAAGGUUCCUAGUAUGGGCUACUCUGCUGUGGAGGAUUCGUUAACACCCCCUCAUCCCGUGACGGUGACAAAACAGGCAGAUGGCUCAGUGACCAUGGAGAACGGGGUUAUCGCGGCUCACCUGGACUCCAUGGGGCGCGUGAUGUCACUUUACUUAGUGCACUCGGGGAGAGAAUCAGUCCAGGAUGGUCACUGCGCUAACCAGUUUGUGAUAUUUGAUGAUGUUCCUUUGUACUGGGAUGCUUGGGACGUGAUGGAUUAUCACCUGGAAACCAGGAAGCCAGUCACAACCCUUCUGAAGCCUCUGGCGAUUGUCCUGACUGGGAGCCUGCGAGGAAGUGUGAAGUUCUCUCUGCAGAUCAGUGAGCGGAGUGUCAUCACCCAAGAAGUCAUCCUGGAUGCCAUGUGUCCUUAUCUUCGAUUCCUGACCCAGGUUGACUGGAAUGAGGCUCAUCGAUUCCUGAAGGUGGAGUUCCCAUUGCGGGUUCGGAGCAUGAAUGCAACGUAUGAGAUUCAAUUUGGGCACCUGCAGAGGCCGACACACUGGAACACAUCCUGGGACUGGGCUCGGUUCGAGGUGUGGACUCACAAGUGGAUGGACCUGUCUGAGCACGGCUUCGGGGUGGCAUUGCUGAACGACUGCAAAUACGGCGCGUCGGUGCACAAGAACGUGAUGAGCCUCUCGCUGCUGAGAGCACCAAAGUCACCAGAUGCCACUGCAGAUAUUGGACCCCAUGAGUUCACCUAUGCCAUGAUGCCUCACAAGGGUUCCUUCCACGAGGCGGGUGUAAUCCAUUAUGCCUACAACUUGAACUUCCCUCUGCACACUGUGCCAGCUGUGUCAGCACAGUGUCCAGCCUGGAGUGCCUUCUCUGUGCAUUCACCAGCGGUUGUGCUAGAAACCGUCAAACAGGCUGAGGACAGGCUGGAUGGGCUGGUGGUCAGGCUGUAUGAGUCACAUGGCAGCACUGUGGUCACGUGGCUCCAGACCUCCCUUCCUGUGAAGGAAGCAAUCAACUGUGACCUUCUGGAACGGCCAGACCCGAGCAGCCAUCUGACUGGAGGAGCAUGGCCUGAAGCUUUCCUUUACGCCAUUCCAAGUGCGCUCUGUCCUCUUGAUCUUGAGGCAGUAAGAGGGCUACCGCUGCUGGCAGCCCAGCCCCAGUCCCGGAAUCAGGCAGAAAUCACCGUGCUCUGGUGCAAUUCACUAGCUUCUCAAAUCAUGGAAACGUUGAUUCCAGCGCUACACAGUGGCUGCACAGUGGGGUAGUAAGGAGUUGCCCCUUCUCAGUGUGCGCCAAAGGGCAGAGUCAGGACAGAGGUCAGCAGCCUCUGGGCUCAUGUCAGCACUGAUUCUGAGUGUAAAUGCCUGACUGGCGGGCCAUGGCCUUAGUAAUGCUGGGGGGUGGGGAGAUCUCGAUUUGGGUGCAGCGGGGUGAUCACAGAGCUGGUGUUGUACUGACUUACCCAACAAGUAGACAUCGUGGAUAGAUUCCUGUCCCUGUCAGGGGAGCGGUGCUGGGGUUUGAGCUUUGAUCAUGGCAGAAUCAGUUCCUUUUACUGCGUGUCCUACAACUCUUAACAGUCCUGUGCUGCCCUGUUUACAGGCACUUCACUGUUUCUGCAGACAUGCAGCAUCUUUUUGCUUGGUCUUUCUGUAAAAACAGCAUUAAACACUGAAUCACAUGCUGAGUAAAGUUCUGACUGUUUGACUCUUGCCUGUGGCAUCAGAAAUGGAGCCGCUGCCCUUCACUCAGACCAGCGCCAGGCAGAUAAUAAAAGCCCUAGUGUAGGGGCCACAAAGCUUCCUAGGCUCCUAAGUCCGGAUUUUUAGGCUCAGCUGUGACUCUCAAAGCUCCUGUUCAGCUGCCAUCUAACUUUGCAGGCACCUCAGGUUCUGCAGUAGGUGCUAGGUUCCUGCCUCUCUACAUGCACGUUGUUUCCUCACUUGAGGUGUCAAGGCACCUGUCUCCCACCUACACGCCAGAGUGAGUGAGCCACAGCCUGGUGUUCUCCUGAGUCAUGGGUGGGGCCAGUGGGCAUGCUCAGAGACUGCCUAGCUCCACAGGACAGCCAGUGUGGGGGGAGGCCUUCCCUUGUCAGCUGUAGCCCUGUGAUUAGAGUGCUGGGAGGAGAUCACUGGUUCAAGUCUCCCCUCUGCCAGAUAAGGAGAAGGGAUUUGAGCAGGGAUCUGCUACCUCUCAGGUCAGGGCCCUGAGAAUGGGAUAUUCUCAUGUAGUCUCAAUCUCUCCUACUGAAGUUUCACUUUAAUUAAAUACACCUAUAAUGCUGUUCUCGGGAGCCAAAAAAUCUUACCGUGUUAUAGGUGAAACCGUUAUAUCGAACCUGCUUUGAUCCUCUGGAGUGCACAGCCCGGCCCCCCAGAGCACUGCUUUACAUCUGAAUUUGUGUUAUAUCAGGUUGUGUUAUAUUGAGGUAGAGGUGUAAUUGAAUAAUUAACAAAGGCAGAGAAAGUUAGAAUGACUCUGCUUGGGGCACUCACUUGAGACAUGGCAGUGGCCUGUUCAAAUCCCUUCUCAUCUGGCAGAGGAGGGACUUGAACCCCCUUUGUCCCUGCUCUUUUGUGGAGUUAGGCGGCAGCUGAGUACGCUCAGUGGAUUGGGCCCCACUUGUGACUUAGGCAGCCAAACCCCUGUCUGCUCCUGGUUUGUGGAUUGCUACCAAAGAUAAGUGCUUUCCACCAGCCCAGACUUGGGGGCUGAACUCAGAGAGGGUGCGGGGCUUAGCACAUCCCUCUUGCUGGCCUCUUCCAUUGACUCCCCACCUACCUUGCUGGUUUUGUGGAUUGUUAUCAAAGGCGCCUGUCUCACCCCAUUUACGGUGAAGGCCCCUACCUCAGGGUUCCUGUGAUUUUCUAGGUGUCUAAAGGUUAAGCAUUGUGAUGCCUCAGGCCCUUUUGUGGAUUCAGGCCCUAGCCCUUUCAGUAUCAUUAUCCCCACUUGACAGCUGGGAAACUGAAGCACAGAGUGGUGCUGUGGCUUGACCAAGUAGUCUACUAGCUUGGAAUUUGGGUGAGCGCUAAGGGGUAACCCAUCAGCUAGAAAAAAGUUGUUUCUACUACAUUAGGCACCUAUCUAGUGUUCAUCACCAGCAUGGAUAGAGAUGGUGGAAGUGGUGCAGUUUUUCUAUAUUGCACGAUGUUUAAAUGUUAUCAGGCAUCCAAUCUGAAAAAAUAAUAAAAUCACAAAAAGAACCACAGCUCAUAGAAAGGUGGUUUAAUUUUGACCAAAAUUGGCAGAAAGGUUUGAAAUACAAUUGAUGAUAGAACUACAUACUCAAAAUAACACUGGUUUGAAAUGCUUGGGAAAUAUUUAGCCCCCAAUGAUAUAUUUUAUACAUAUUCCUGUGUUGUUUUGCUUUUGGUUAAAACAAGUCUGUAGUCAAACAACACUGAGUUUUUUUGUACCAUGUGUUACAUCAAAAUAUUUGUCAUUUGUAGAAUGCACUCAUCUGAGAAAAGAUUUUGUCUGCCAUUUUUCUGAAGUUAUGCAGAUAUGACCCCCUACUCCUUAAUUAUAAAACACAUUUUGAGGUUAUCUGAUCUGCCGGAGACACACGUGGGGAAGGAACGUGGAAUGGAAUCUGUAAGGCUAGGGCCGAGACUGUAGUGUAGAAUAUUGCAAACUAUAACCAUGGCUGUUAAAUAGUUAAGAUAACAUGCCACAAAAUUGGCAGGGCAAAUAACAGAAACAAAGAAAGAGUUAAAAGAAAGCAGGAGAAGCCACAGAGCCCUAGAAUGCUCCUGCUCUCCUAACAGGGCAGCAAGCACUCCAGAGACAGCAAGCAUGGAAACUGCUGUAAAAAAACCUACCCCCCCCCCCCAAAAAUGUGCUGUCCUGUUGUAAAUAUUUUUGGUCAUCAGCAAGCUUGAGGUAGCUACCUUGUGCUUGAAGAAUGGGAACAGAAAUGGAAAAAGGUGGCCCUAGCAAAAUUAAAAGAUGCAUUAACAGAUGGUGUUGCCCAAAAACAGUUAACUGGAGCGUGUAAAGGCACUUCUUCCUUCCAUUUGGCAUGCAGAUAAAAGCAAGAAACACCGGGGGAAACAAAUUGAGGCUUUGCAAGAACAGGUUACAAGCCUCACUUUCCUUUCAAAGCCAGGAUAAAAACCAGGGGUGCGGGUUCCCAAGUGCUUUAACCCCUGGAGCCACACUCCUUGCUCAUGGCUAAAAAUAGAACCUUCUUUCUCAAAUAUUUUUACAUACCGGUUACAUUUUCCUUUAUCUCUUUUCUCAGUUUGCUAAACUUGCUCCUGCUGCUUGUACCUUAAGAUAACUUUAUAGAGUUAAUGUCUCGUGGCUCAGGUCCCACUACCUCCCUAGGUUGCUCUUCAUCCCCUCUUCCUGCUUCCCCCC